ACGAAAAUAAAUUCGCUUGAUUUAAAUUUCCCGCCCGAUUGUAGACCCAAUUUAAAAGGACAGACUUUGCCGGACAUCAAAGGACGCCGGAGUGCCGCCUCUUGUUGUACCUACUCUUUGUUGCAACUAUGUAGAGAAGAUGUGAAAAGAGUGCCUAGAGUGUCGCCUCUUUUGUACCUACUCUUUGUUAUAACUAUGUAGAAAGAUGUGAAAAGAACGUGAAGGUAGAAAGUCCAGUAUGAGUAAUGAAGCAGAACAUGAAGAUCUUCCGGAAAAGAGAAUGGAAACAGUUAAACGGACUCGCUGUCCAUUGCGAUGCAAUUACACGUGGAAAGUUGAACGGGGCUCACCAGAGAAUUGUCACGUUACAACGUUUCAGUUACCUUCGUAAAAAAGGAAAGAAGUCUCGUACACGAAAGCAGCAUUACGGGAAAACGUGGUUAUGUCAAAGGAAAAGGUCAAAGGAAAUUUCUCUUCAUCCUUUACGAGUGACUAUCGUGUCGGUGAACUGUGAAAGUAAACAAUUACGUGUUCUGGUUAAUUGUAACACUAAGGGAUGGUUUCUCAAUCGUGGUUUAAACAGACAAUUAAACUUCGGUCAAAUUGAGAUAAAUUGCUUUUGUUUUAGGCAUUCAAACGCGGCUUAAAUGAAAUGUCAGUAACUUGACUAAUUUAGUAGAUAGUCUAAUUUGUAACUUGUAACUUGUAAAUAAUUUAGUGA